CAGAAGCCGUUCUCUGCGCUGGCUUCCGGUUCCUGCUACAGAAACGGGUGGAAACCUUUUGCGAAAACAAGAGGAUGGAGAGUGUCCGGAAAAGAUCGGCUUCUUCUGCUUGGAAUGUAACGAAGGGCAUCCGCGCCGUUCAGAAUCCUCUAUGGUCCCUUUUCUUUACCCCGGGUGGUAAAACAGGCGCCCGGAAACGUAUUUGUGGUGACGGGAGGUCAGGGAACGGCCGGAAGCUGCCGCUGUUGCGCCUCGGAUGGGCGGGGCUUCAAUGGCGUGUCAAAGGGAAGAUGGAGGCUGGUGGAGAAGCUGGCUACAGCAAAGCCUUCAAACGGUCAGAGACAAGUCUACAGAGGCCUUGGAGUUCAUGAAACGUGAUCUAACGGAAUUCACCCAGGUGGUCCAACAUGAUACAGCUUGCACCAUUGCUGCUACUGCCAGUGUGGUCAAAGAGAAGUUGGCUACGGAAAGCUCUUCGGGGGCAACGGAAAAAGUGAGAAAAGGACUCUCCAACUUCUUGGGUGUUAUUUCAGACACAUUUGCACCCUCCCCAGAUAAGACCAUUGACUGUGAUGUCAUAACCCUGAUGGCAACUCCAUCUGGGACCACAGAGUUGUAUGACAGUGCCAAGGCUCGGCUCUAUAGCCUUCAGUCUGACCCCGCCACUUAUUGCAACGAACCUGAUGGACCACCUGAGCUAUUUGAGGUCUGGCUUUUGCACUUCAACUUGGAGGAGAAGAAAGGAGAGAUAUCCGAGUUGCUGGGAAACAGCCAAUCCAUCCGCUCCCUCUACUCCAAAAUGGUGCCUGUGGCCGUCUCCCACUCGGAAUUCUGGCAGCGGUACUUCUAUAGAGUGCACCAGUUGGAGCAGGAGGAGCUCCGGAGGGAGGCCCUGAAGCAGCGGGCAGAACAGAGUGUUCACUCAGAAGGCCCAGGAUGGGAGGAGGAGGAGGAAGAGGAAUUUCUUGGAUCCUUUUCCUCCUCCUCACAAGCUGUAAUACAGGCAGAGUCUUCCCAGCCUGCACUGCCGGCUCCCUCCAUCUUGGCAGCAGAAGCCGUUCCAACCCUGGAGGCCUCGGUGGAGCUGUGGGCCACGCUGAGCCCCACCCCAGCAGAGGCAACCCCUUCAGAAAGCAGCGAGAGCGUCUCCCUGGUGACUCAGAUCACAAACCCCACCGCUGGGCCUGCCUCUCCCUUACAGACUGGAGCCCCAAUUGCAGGAGCUGGGGACGAUUCCCCGAAGUGGCAGGAAGCCCGCAGAGACGAGCAGGGAAGCUCCUUGGCUAAAGCAGGGAAGCCUGUGCAGCCUUUUCCGCCUCCCCAGAAGGGCAAGGCCUCUUCGGAGCAGCCCAAGGAGCGCGCAGAGAGCAAGUCAGGCAACAGGACAGAGACUCUGCGAGAGGACACACCUCUGGACUUGCGACUCUUUGAGCUCAGUUCAGACAGUGGAAAGUCCACACCGUCCAAUAACGGGAAGAAAGGCUCAAGCACAGAUAUAAGCGAGGAUUGGGAAAAGGACUUUGACCUGGACAUGACAGAAGAAGAGGUUCAGCUGGCCCUUGCCAAAGUAGACAUCUCCGCGGCAGAGAUGGAAGACGAAGAAUGGGAGGACUGGGAAUAACAAGGGCCUUUGCUCUCCAUGGGCUCCUUGGACUCAGCCUUGCCCCUCCCCCCCUGCACCCGCACCAUCCGGUGUGAAUUAAAUCACAGACCAACUGGUUCCUUUCUCUCCUGUAAAAGUGUUUUGGGCUGACUACACCUCAUCUCUGGGCAAGGCCUGUUUGGGAACUUGGGCUAGAACCCUUGCUCAAAUCCCGAUGGUGGCUAAGUUGUACAGAAGGGCUGAAGAGCAACGGUGCAACCGGUGUGUGCGCCGGAGGCCUCUUUUCAGACCAUGCCCCUCCCUGAGCAGAGUGGAUUUGAUUUCAUUCUCUCACUUCUUUUGGCAUUUUAGAGUGGAUUAGUAACGAGUGGGGUGAACUUUCCUUGUUUGAGUGAUCUUCAGAAAUAACUAGGAUUGUCCUACCUAUCUGUUUUCAGACUGAUAGCUUGCUAGCUAUGCCAUGUUAUGUGUCUAGAAACUCACACAGCUUCUAAGGACUUGAAAGAGCAAAUCUCUUUGCUCACCUGUGGGAACUCCAGUCUUAAGAAGAAACUCGGUGAGGCAUUUUGGCCCCAACAGACCUCUCCCCCACUCCCCAAGACUCAUAGUGCCUGGUUUGGAAUUAACUUUUGCAUAAAUGAAACCAUCUCUCUUUUCCUGCCCCCAAAUGUAAGCUGGUCCAUUUUUCUUGGGAAGUGAAGUACUUUUUACAAAUGGAAUUAUUGUUCUGGGGCUAUGAUAUAAUCCCCUGGAGUAUCUUGCAUAAAUUCCAGUUAUGGAAGAGGAAAGAGGGCAUUCCUCCUGGGUUGUCACAAUCAUGGCUAAGAUCUCUUUGAAAGGGCCCCAGUGUGGGGUAGCAUAUCCCUUGAGCUAGUGCUCUACAGUGUUGCUUGGACUCAAAUAUCCCUUGCCUCAUUAGGAAGAGGCACUCUGGAUCUUCCCGGAAGCAUCUUCAUUUGCCAAAGCUUCAUAACUGUCUUCCCCUUGCAUUGAUGCUGUUGGGAGCAUCUGUAGAUCCUCUUCCAUAGAUAGAAACCCUUGGGAAGCAGUGUGCUUGUGUUGAGAGUUUUGGUUGUUCUCCACCCUUGUCAAAGAUGCUUCCUUAUCUACGUUCUCUCUAAAUUAUAAUCUGUACAGGCAUCUUCUCUUUUUUUUUAGGGAAAAUGGGGGGCAGAGUGAUGCUCCCCCCUUUUGAUCUGUUUCAGAUUUAGCUAUUGCUGCCUUGCAAUGGAGUCUGACUAUAAUUAAGUCUCACUUUAGAACUCAUCAUGCUUUUAAAAAAAAUGGGUCCCAAAGGCAGAUUUCUCUUCUUGGGAUACAAUACACCAACAGGUGUUCCUCAACACACCCAACUGGAUUCGAAUGGAACCAGUGCCAGCUGGCUCAUUGAAGUGGGCCAAGAUCCCUGCUUUCACUCCUUUGGGAUGGAUUCAGACUGGAGCCAUCCAACCUCUUCUUGUCCCAGUGCAUCUGCAUGACAGCAGCUGCUCUGACCGUGUGCGGGCCACCCCUUUCCCUCCCGCAGGGCAACGUUCAAAUGGGUUCCCAAAGGGCCAGAGAGAAAGGAAGGAGUUGCUGCUGCUCUUCUCUUUCCUCUUUCUUGUUAUAAGCAGCAGCUGAGAGAGGAAACCUCUUGAGAAGGUGACUCCGUGUGCAGAGUUGAGAAGGGCAACAUGGUGCCUGUGGAAUCUCUUUAGUCUCAGUCACUGAAGAGCUUCUGAUAAGACAAAAGACUGGCUUUCAGGGCUCCCCUUUGCCACCAGAUCAUGAAAAUCAGUACCUGUCUGAAGAACAAUUGACUUAGGAGUCAGCCCCAAAAC